UAACAAGUGUGACAAUCACAGUAAAUGGAGCAUCUGGUUCACCCGUUGAUGUGAUGGCUGGUGAGGUGCAAUCGCUCGUCUGUACAGCCUUUGGUGCCAGACCACGUGUAGGAAUAGACUGGACCAAUGAUGGGACCAGUAUCUCUGGUGAUACUGAGACAGAAAGUGUCAAUGGAGAUACAACUGAUACUAUUAGCACUCUCCUAUACACUCCAACUAGGAACGAUAAUGGUCAUCAGUUUAGAUGUGAAACAACAGGACAGGAAGCUGCAACACCUCAAUCACAAUCAGUCACCCUCAAUGUGCAGUUUGCCCCAGUUGAUGUAAUGGCAGAGUACAGUCAAGGUACAAUUACCUGUUCAUCUACUGCUAACCCAACCGUAGCUAACAACCAGUAUGUCAUCACUCUGAAUGACACAGAGACAUCAACUGGGAAGACAUUGACCUAUGACCCUGAGAUGAAUGGCUGUACAUCAGUCAAGUGUACCGCUACCAAUACCAUAGGAACAGCAUCUGGCUCACUAGCAGAUCCUCUGUGUCCAGGAGCGACAACAACUGAGGUUGCACCAAGUACAACUAGUCCCACUACAGUUCCUGGUUGUGUAUGUGCUUCCAUUGGCGUUGGUGCUAUCAUUGGAGCCCUUUUGGGCGGUAUUGUCAUCGGAGCUGUAGCUGUCAGUGUCAUUGUUGUCUUGAUGCGACGUCAUCGUGACAGAUCGACGCAGCGACCAGACAAGGCUAUUAUAGAUGGCGACGAAGGGCACUACGAGAUGUCUACAGAACCGCCAAGAAAUCGACAAAUACCUCUUGCUGGUCCUUCAGUUAAUAAGAUCAAUCCGCCAGAUGGUCCGACGAACAAGAUGACCAAACCCGCUGUCUAUGAAAGUAUCUCAGAAAACAAAAUGGCCGCCGGGUCCAAAGCGCCUAAAGAUGCCACGUAUGGCAAUGUAGGACCCGAAUUGUCAUUCUCGCGAGAUCUUAUAGUGAUCGAGAAAGAGAUUGGGCGAGGUGCGUUCGGGAGAGUGCUUCUCGGUACAGCGCAAGGGAUUAUGGGAGAUGGGAAUCUCACCAAGGUCGCCAUUAAAACACUGAAAGAUGGUGCUGAUGGACAAGCAAAGACCGGCUUCCUGCAGGAGUUGGAUCUAAUGAAGAAAGUGGGUUCACAUCCACACGUGGUCAAUCUAUUGGGAUACUGUGUAGAGAAAGAUCCCAUCUACGUCAUCGUUGAAUAUUUCAAUAAAGGUGACCUUAAGAAUGUUCUGAUUGGAUGUAGAUCUGAAGAUACUGGAACAGGUUACUUCAACAUACAUGGUAUAAGUAAAUCACUCUCUAAGACAUUGAUCAAGUUUGCCAGAGAUGUGGCAAGUGGAAUGGCCUUCUUGUCGUCACAAAAGUGUAUCCAUCGUGAUCUGGCUGCCCGUAACGUUCUGGUAAGUGAAGACAUGGUCUGUAAGGUGGCUGACUUUGGACUGGCCCGUGACGUUAUGAAUGUCCGCAUCUACCAGCGGGAAUCAGAGGGAGUUCUGCCCAUGCGCUGGAUGGCACUGGAAUCCCUUCUUGAUGACGUGUACACAACAGAGAGUGACGUAUGGUCUUUUGGGAUUCUACUUUGGGAGAUCGUUACUCUUGGUGCGAGACCAUAUCGACUCAUGACUGCAAAGACAAUGGUUGCCCAACUCAGGGAGGGCUACCGUAUGCCUAAACCAAGACACUGCAGGGAAGAACUAUACUCCAUGAUGAGCAGCUGUUGGCUUCAAAAUCCAAACAAGAGACCAACUUUUCGUAGUCUCUUUAAACAGUUGGAGAAAAGUUUGACAAAUGAAGCGGAUUACAUCAAACUGGGUGAUCUGGACGAAAAUAUCUACGAGGUGACAAAGAUAAGGGAUGGCAACGAGAAACUGUGAGAGUUUGCUGCUAACUCUUACGACUCAGACAUCAAAAAAUAGUCUGUCGACGCUCUGUUUAUUACAGUAAUAGCAUUCCUAUACUACAAAUAGUUUGCAGGGUUUUUAAUAGUGUGUAGAAUUUACAUUCUAAAAACUUGAUGGUCAGAGUUGACCUGGAUUCGUGUCCCUUUGGGCUUGACCCAGAAUGGGUCAUAGUAACUCGGUAUCUGUUUCAAAAUUAUCCAGAAAUGGAUCACAAUGGCGCUGAAUCUGAGUUAAACCCAAUAAUUAUGUAAAACCACUGUCGGCACCCAGAAAACGGAUCAGGUCCCAUGCAAAUCUUGGUCACUCUGACUCU